UGACUCGAACUCAAUCAACGGAAUAGAUAUAAAUUGACCUGUCCUGUGCCGGCCUUCUUCAGUCGUUCUUAUGAUCCUUCUUAGUUUGUUGCUCAGAAUCAUGUCUUCUUUUAAAAAUCAUAACGAAAAGAGUAAGCAGAUCAGCGUCCGGGCCAUCACAGAUGUCGAGGAUGUCACAUCUAUCAAAAAAUCUUUCAACAGGCACGUCCACUACACGCUCGUCAAAGACAGAAACAUAGCUACAACUAGGGACUAUUACAUUGCACUGGCGCAUACUGUCAGGGACAAUCUUGUCUCAAGAUGGAUAAAAACCCAGCAACACUACUACGAAAAAGAUCCUAAGAGAGUAUAUUAUUUAUCUCUCGAAUACUACAUGGGCAGGUCAUUAACUAACACGAUGAUCAAUUUGGGUAUACAAGGAACUUGUGACGAAGCUCUGUAUCAGUUAGGUUUAGAUAUCGAAAACUUAGAAAACGUAGAAGAGGAUGCAGGUCUUGGAAACGGAGGUUUGGGCAGAUUAGCAGCGUGUUUUCUUGAUUCGAUGGCAACUCUCGGCCUUGCUGCAUAUGGAUACGGCAUCAGAUAUGAGUAUGGAAUCUUUGUACAAAAAAUUGUCAAUGGUGAGCAAGUUGAAGAACCCGAUGACUGGUUGAGAUUUGGCAACCCUUGGGAAAAGGCAAGGCCUGAAUAUACAAUACCAGUCAAUUUUUAUGGAAGAGUUGAGGAAACCCCUCAAGGGAAAAAAUGGGUCAACACAAAGGUAAUACUUGCAAUGCCAUAUGAUACCCCAAUACCAGGAUAUGGGAAUAAUGUGGUAAACACAUUGAGACUGUGGUCUGCCAAGUCACCAGUUCAAUUUAAUCUCAAGUUUUUCAACAACGGAGACUACAUUCAAGCCGUAAUUGAUGGUAAUUUGGCAGAGAAUAUUUCCAGGGUUCUUUAUCCAAAUGAUAAUUUUUUUGAAGGAAAAGAACUACGUCUGAAACAAGAAUAUUUUUUGUGUGCUGCAACAUUAAAAGACAUAAUUAGGAGAUUUAAAACAUCGAAGUUCGGCUCAAGGGAACCAGACAGGUUGUCCUUUGAUACCUUUCCUGAAAAGGUUGCUCUACAAUUAAAUGACACCCAUCCAUCCCUUGCCAUACCAGAAUUGAUGAGAAUUCUGUUGGAUGAAGAGCAUCUCACUUGGGAAAAAGCUUGGGAUAUUACAACACGCACAUGUGCUUAUACAAACCAUACCAUCCUACCCGAAGCACUAGAAAGAUGGCCUGUAUCUAUGUUGGAAUACAUACUACCACGCCAUUUACAGAUUAUUUAUCAAAUAAACUUCCUACAUCUUGAACAAGUAAAAAAUUUUUAUCCAAAUGAUACAGACAGAUUGCGUAGGAUGUCACUAAUUGAGGAGGAUGGUGAGAAAAAAGUGAACAUGGCUCAUCUCUCGAUUGUUGGAUCUCAUACAGUCAAUGGCGUCGCCCAGCUUCACUCUGAAAUUAUAAAAACUGAUAUUUUUAAAGACUUCUACGAAAUUUGGCCUGAAAAAUUCCAGAAUAAGACUAAUGGAAUUACUCCAAGGCGAUGGCUCGUCCUUUGUAAUCCAUCUCUAUCCGAUUUAAUUUCUGAAGAAAUUGGAGAAGAUUGGAUUGUUCAUUUAGAAGAACUUUCCCAAUUGAAACAGUAUGCAAAAAAUAGAUCGUUUCAAAAUGCUGUCAUGAAAGUGAAGCAGGAUAACAAAAUGCGCUUGGCUCAAUUUUUGGAAAAGGAAUAUAAUGUUCCAAUAAAUGUUGCUUCUAUAUUUGACAUACAGGUAAAAAGAAUACACGAGUACAAGCGCCAAUUAUUGAACUGUCUACACAUCAUCACAAUGUACAACCGAAUAAAAAAGAACCCAAAUGGAGACUUUGUACCAAGAACGGUGAUGAUUGGAGGGAAAGCAGCGCCAGGAUAUUACAUGGCUAAAAAAAUAAUUAAACUCAUAAAUUCGGUUGCAUAUGUUGUGAAUAGUGAUCCUGAUGUUGGUGACCGACUAAAGGUCAUUUAUUUAGAGAAUUACAGGGUUACACUUGCUGAACGGAUUAUUCCAGCUGCAGAUCUCAGUGAACAAAUAUCAACGGCAGGUACUGAAGCAUCUGGAACUGGAAACAUGAAAUUUAUGCUGAACGGAGCACUUACAAUUGGUACUAUGGACGGUGCAAAUGUUGAAAUGGCUGAGGAAAUGGGCGAAGAAAAUAUCUUCAUAUUUGGUAUGAGAGUUGAAGACGUCGAAGCUCUUAAAAUGAAUGGAUAUGAUGCUGAACGAUACUACAACAGCAACAAAGAGCUCAAACAGUGUAUCGAUCAGAUAAAAGAUGGAUACUUCAGUCCAAGUAAUGUUGAUGAGUUUAAAGAUAUCGUCAACGUACUUUUGAAAUAUGACAGAUUUUAUUUACUAGCUGACUAUGAAGAUUAUAUAAAAUGCCAAGAUAAUGUCAACACAGUUUAUCUUAAUAAGGAAAAAUGGGCUCAGAUGGCGAUCAAUAAUAUUGCCUCGUCAGGAAAAUUCUCUUCCGACAGGACCAUUGCAGAGUAUGCCAGGGAAAUUUGGGGGAUUGAACCUUCAUGGGAAAAAUUGCCUUCCCCACACAUUAAAUGAUUGAUUGUUAUUUGUAAAUCAUUUUAUGCUUAUUUUCCAUGUAAAAUAAUAUUGUAACGUCAUGUAAAAAGUGUACCUGAAUUUUUGUAAAUUUUACUGUACUUUUGUAUGUGUUUGUAGUAAGAAAUACUUUCAUUUUUAAAUAUGUAUCAUAUUUUUUCCAUCUACAUAAACGCAUAGUAUUUGUUAAUCACAUAUAAAAUAGCAUUAUCAAAUAAGAAAAAUCAUGUAAUUUGAUCCAUACAAAUAUUAUUCACUGAAGGUCGUGUUUGGAGUACAAAAGUUGUACGUUAACUAUUGUUAGUUUGUGUAUUUGAGUUUUUUAGUGUUGUGUUUGUAUAUUUUCAAUGAUUUAGAAAUGUUCAUUUACCAAAUCUCAUCUAACAGACCGAUUUAACUAGGAUUAGUAGACCAAGAUGAUUGGUAAGGGCCUGAGGAUCUUGACCACCUUUAGCUGUAGGUAAUGUCCAUUAAACCAUAUCAUGGGGUCUAAUAAUCACUGUGGAACAUUUUAAUUUGGAACAUGAAAUGUGAAAUAUAUUGUUAAUCGCAAAACAAAACACAAUUAUAGAAAAACAAUUUAUUGCAGCUGAAUAAAAUGGCUUAAAAUCUGAACUACAAUGGUACAAACGUUGAAAUGACUAAGGAAAUAGACCAAGGAAACAUUGUAUGAAAGGUUAAGAACUCUUAAAAUUAAAGGGUAGAUGUUGAGCAGUACAACAAAAGCAAUAGAGCUCAAAUUGUAUUUAUCAGAUAAAAUCUAGAUACUUCUAAGUAAUGUCGAUGAGUUUAAUAACAUUAUUAUGUACUUUUGUUAUAAGACAGGUAAAUCUACUUACCAAUAAAUUAAAUAUAAAAAAUUUAAUAUUGUCUUUUUUCUUAAAUUGGUUCUAUCUUGCUGAGUAUGAAAAUUGUGUAAAAUACAGUAAUCUCAAUGAAGUUUGACAUUUAACUUAAAUGCAUGCAGAAAAAUAUUAAAAUAAUUGAUAUCAGCCUUAUAUUAUAAUUUUGGAUUAAAGAGGAAUAAAGCCAAUUUGAAAGAAAAUCACUGUUCUUCACUCUUACAAAAUAAUAGCCUUUUUUAAAUAUUAGCCGGAGGGUGCUGAUUGAAUUGUAUUUUUUGGGGGAAAGAUAGCAUGAAAGACAAUGACAUCGGAAUCUACGAGACAAGUGAUUGACACGCUACCAUUUGGUUACCGAGAUCCCCAAUAUUCUUUGAUUUCAAAUUGGUCUUAUCCCUGAUUUUAUAAUACAAAAUUAUGACAUAAUAUUUCUUUUAGCAAUAAUAGUUUACAUAUUUCAUUGGGCUA